CGCAUAAUAUAGUAACGCUUUAGUCGCAUUUUGUCCGGAAGGUGAUAAAACAAUACAUUUUCGGUUGUUCGUCACUCAUACGGUGAUAUUUGAAAGCGUUGCUUUACUCAGUAAAGUAACGCAUCAGGAAAGAAAAUGUGCCACCCCUACUUAUUACUACUGGACAUCAACAGCCAGCAACAUUGUACAUGGUACUUUGAGCCAAGAGUUUUCCUCACAUAUUUUGUUUUUCUUUCUUUUAGUUCUGGAUGUAGACAUGCUGAACUAAAAGUUCAGUUUUCUUUUGUCAAACGAGAAAUGGUUGAUCCAAAAUAGUGAAAUAAACGAAUCAACAGUUAAAGAGUUAAGCGUCGCUCAGAUCGAUGUUGACCGUCAUCUUGAAGACAGCAAGGUAUUGUUAGCAAAACGAGAGAACAGCAUUAUAUAUACUGAAUACAUUUUGCAGCAUCAAAUAUCCUGUGUUGUUCCAAAUGUACCGCAUUGUUAUGCAUGUCUAGUUGCCAUAAAACAACUGAUAACCAUUACGCAAGAUUUUGAUUCAUCGAAUUAUUCCAGGAUAGAAGAUCAAGAAUUAAAUAACAAAAAAAAGUCAGUGAAGAAACCAAAAAUCGUCACAGAUUUAAUAAAUAACAGUAAAUCAUCCAUAACUUUAAUAUACGAAUGUUCACAAAUUACUACAUCUGCAACUACAACACCUGGUUUGCGAUCGAAUCUAGUUGUAGCAGCUUUAAUACGGAUAACAUUACUGUGAUUUUAGUUCAACGCAUGACGACCACGGAAAAUUUAUUCGAUAUACCUUACAAUAGACCAAAUGAACAAUUUUUGGCUGAGACUGAUUAUAGGUUAUAUGAUCAUUUAGCAGCACAAGAUAAUACGAAAUCUAAACGUAAGAGAAGUCAAGGAAAAACCGAUUGUUGUUGGCUUCAAACGUUUUCAAUGCAACAAUCAGAACAAUGUGUUACUACUAUCCCACAAUAUCCUUCUGCUGAUAUACCAUUAAAUGCUUUUGUAUGUUAG